AGCCACUAAAGCUACCCACUAAUCUCAGUCUAUUGGGCCUAUUCCUACUCCUACUGCUAAAGCUACUGCUAUUGAUACGUGCAAAAUAUAGGUGCUUCCCACUCCUAGUCCUACUCUUCCUCUGCUUUCAGUGAAGUUGCUAUUUAGGAAGAUAUGGGAUUAGUUUGAAAAUGCAAUUCAUAUCAUCUCUCGAUUCAAAAUGGAUAGAGUAAGAUUCUGGAUCUUAUUAUACGAUGGCACUCGCAAAGGCAAAGCCCUUCUUCUUGCAAGAGACCAUUCCCUCACAGCUGAGUCAAGGAAACCAGAGUCAAUAGCUUCAUUUAGGCAUGAAAAGCGAUCUUUAUCUUUCUCCGUAACUAGAAAUUUCAUAAGAGAAGAAAGAUCGUAGCGUAGAAAAGAAAGAACGUUUUGAUUCGAGGCGGAUCCCUUUUUUGUUUGUCUUUACGGGUUGAGUAAACAAAACAAAUAAAAAAGCUUUCUCGUUAUUUUUAACACACUCUAAUGACAAAGCGUCCGUUCACGUCAAGAAUAGAGGUUUUUGAUGUAGUUGCUAUUUGUUUAGUUUUUUGUUAGUAGAGAUUGGGUUGGUGUUCAGUGUACCGGUCCAAUAGAAUAGAAAGGAACGAGGGGAAGAAGCGGGGUAGAGGAAUUGGUCGACUCAUCAGACUCAUGAUCUGGAGAAUGCAGGUUCGAAUCCUGUCCCCGCCUAAUUUUCGAGAAAGGGUCCCCCCCCCCCAACCGCCCAUCUGGACUAGCUGCGCUGUCAAAAGCAAAGCCAUAGCAGGAUAGGGCAAUAAUAACAAAUGUACCAUGAUGAGAUUGAAUCAACUUAUCGUAUUUUUUCCCCUGCUCGGUAGUGGAGUAGCAGGUUUUUUCGGACGUUUUCUAGGAUCAGAAGGAAUUGCUAUAAUUACCGAAGGUAAAAAUCUCGUGCUUUGUGCAAUAGUGAUUUUAGGCUGGAUCUUUAUAUUUCGUCUUUUUUGUAUUCGUUUGAAUAAAAAGUAUCGCUUUCUACUUUUCUUUUUUUAUAUGUUGUUAUAUUUAUAUAUAUAUAUAUUUUGCUAUCUUCUACGCAUCUACCUUGUUUCUUGGUUAGGUCUCUGCCUUAGUGGGAUUCUUUCCACUUUUUUAAUUUUGAAUGUGUCGGAUGGGGAAAUCAUUCCCUAUUCCAGCCCAGCAAACUCCUCAUCGGAAGAUUCAUUCGGGCUCCAGGUCCUGUCGGAGCCUUGGCCCGUUACUCACAAUAUAGCCUUAGAGUCCUCCAUGAGAAAUAGGAUAUUGACAAUGGAAAAUACGAAUUGCAUUUUUCUCCUUGAUAAGGAUAGGGGGGUAUAUUGGGCAGAAGUGCAAAAUUCACUCGACAAUUGUUCCUCUCAAAAGGAAUAUAACCAAUUGAUCGAAUUAGAAAAUAGGGAUCUCCAGAUCCGGGAGCUGAAACAUGAAUGUUAUUCCCUUUUUCAACAAAUGCUUACUGAGCAUCCUGCCUUGGCCGAAAAUGCCCCCAAAGAAGCCUUUAUCGACUUUUUGGAUGAGAAACGCGAUGAACUUGACCAACAAGGCGGAAAUAGAUUAGUGAAGGACCAGAGAGAACUCGAAUUUUUGAAUGUACUUUCACACGAUCUACGAACACAUGGCCCAAACUCCGCCUAUAUAAAAACAAUACUUGGCGGUUGAUAAUUUUUAUGUCUGUUGAAGUCGUGUACCAAUGGUUUACUUCUUUUGUAUUAUAGACGGGGGCCACCAUGUAGAGAUCUCUGUCGUAUUCCGACGAAAUGCUAUUUAUUCUAGGAGGACGACAGACCCAUCACGAUCGACUAAAAGGAAAGUCGCCCGGAGAUAUUGGUUCAAAUCCGAUUCGUGAGAUGGCAGUGAUCUAUAGUGUAGAGUGAGUCCCUCCCACCUCUUUUCUCUUAUGACUUAUCUUAUGAUAGGGAUAGUGUUCUUAGUGGAAAUAUGCUACUUGCUAAUAGCUAUAAAAUAAAGUAUGCUUCCCGGGUAAGCAAAAAUGCCUACAGGGGCUUACGACUGCAUGGGCUUAGCUUAAGACUGGCACUUAUAAGAUUGCUGGGAACUGGACUAGAGCUAUAAGGUAGCUUUUUCCUGGCUGAAUUGCUCGUAUAGAAAGUAUUCUAUUCUAUAGCUCGCAUGGAAGAGAGCUGGCAGGAGCUUACUAAAGCGAUUAGAAAAUAGGCUGACUUCCGGGAUGAAAUAGAAUUCGAUCGAUAGCGAUUGGGAGAGGGCUUCUUACAAAGCAAAAGGGGCAUUUUUUUACUCUACUGACUUUGAGAGGGCUGAAAUCACUUGUGAAAGUGGAGGGAUUUACUGGUUUCACACAAAAGCCAGGAAUGAGAUAACUCGAUCUAUUGGGGGAGUAGUUUCCUUUAGGCCGAUUUUGAUCCCCCUUCAACGUAUACAUAAAAUUUUAAAGCCCUGGUGGGGGGUGCUGUGAGCAAUUCAGUCUUGAAGUGACUUGCUGGGAAUGAAUUCGAUUACUUGAUUGACAUUGACAGAUAUGUGUACCACAUCGAAGAAGCAAUAUGAAAUUUCUAGUUAGAGGGGAAGAUCACUCCCAAAAUCAAAGCAGCCUCCUUCUAUUUCUAUUAUAUACGAUACCACCAGACGUUUUUCUCCCUCGCAGUCAAAACUCUCCUCUCCCAAGACGAGGGAUGGUCCCGCUUCUUCAUUGAGAAAUUCUAGGUUAACCGAAAGGGGCAGUCAGUUGGAACCCCGUACUGAAGCAAAGGACCUGUCUUAGUCAUCAAAUCCAGGAUAUGGUGGAAUAGUCCCAGUUUGCGAAGUCUCGCCUCUCCUUGAUUAAAGAGUGGUGGGGCCAGAAGCCGGGUCAAGGUCGGGUGGUAGGUCAGGGAAGAAGCUAACCAUAGAAAGAAGUCAGGCUUUCAGCUCCGGGGUUCUUGGUCAAUGAUGUCGUUCACUUCUCACCUUCCUCUUUUUACUGUAAAAGGAGGCCACCAAAGGUCAUUUUUGAGUGGGUUUAGAGGGCCUUUUUCCUUCCUUCGUUUGGUAGGCGAGUCAACGAUAGAGCGAAA